UCCCAAACACAACCUAACAAUCAACUCUUUUUUUAAGUGUCGUGUCUAGAGUGAGAGUGAGACAGAGACAAGAAACCAAAAACGUGGGCUUCAAAAAACAAUCCUCCGAAAGAUCUGAGAUUUCUGCUUCGAGCAAUGGCGUCUGCGAUGGUAGCCAACGGCGACCUCUCGGCCGUUAAAUUCUCCGCGCUGGCAACCGGCCGCGUCGCCGCCGUGUACAGCGAGGUCCAGAACAGCCGUCUCGACCACGCUCUUCCUCUCCCUUCCGUCCUCAAAAGCUCCUUCAAGGUCGUUGAGGGCCCCCCCAGCUCCGCCGCCGGCCAUCCAGAGGAGAUUGCGAAGCUAUUCCCCUGCGUUUUUGGGCAACCGUCGACAAUGUUGGUGCCAAGCCAACUGGGUGAGUUUCCGUCAGGUCAGAGCUUGAAAAUCGGAGUGGUUUUGUCUGGAGGCCAAGCUCCCGGAGGGCACAAUGUGAUUUCAGGAAUCUUCGAUUACUUGCAGAAUUCUUGCAAAGGAAGCACACUGUACGGGUUCAAGGGUGGACCAGCUGGGAUCAUGAAGUGCAAAUAUGUGGUGCUGACCCCAGAGUACAUUUACCCAUACAGAAAUCAGGGUGGGUUUGAUAUGAUCUGUAGUGGCAGAGACAAGAUUGAAACUCCAGAACAGUUUAAGCAAGCUGAAGAAACAGCAUUGAAGCUUGAUUUGGAUGGGCUUGUUGUUAUUGGUGGAGAUGACUCAAACACAAAUGCUUGCCUUCUCGCAGAAAACUUUAGGAGUAAAAAUUUGAAGACUCGGGUAAUUGGAUGUCCAAAGACAAUUGAUGGUGACUUAAAAUGUAAAGAGGUUCCUACUAGUUUUGGAUUUGAUACUGCAUGCAAGAUAUAUGCAGAAAUGAUAGGAAAUGUUAUGACAGAUGCCCGCUCAACUGGAAAAUAUUAUCAUUUUGUACGGCUGAUGGGGCGUGCUGCUUCACACAUCACAUUGGAGUGCGCUUUACAAACUCAUCCAAACAUUACUCUUAUUGGGGAAGAGGUUGCUGCAAAGAAGGAGACUUUGAAGAAUGUGACAGACUAUAUUGCUGAUGUGAUAUGUAAACGUGCAGAACUUGGGUACAACUAUGGUGUGAUACUUAUACCUGAAGGCCUCAUUGAUUUUAUUCCGGAGGUGCAGCAGCUUAUUGCAGAACUUAAUGAAAUUUUGGCCCAUGAAACAGUAGAUGAAGGCGGUCUUUGGAAAAACAAACUUGAACAACAGUCUCUGAAACUUUUUGAACUUUUACCUCCAGCAAUUCAGGAACAGUUGAUGCUUGAGAGAGAUCCGCAUGGCAAUGUCCAGGUUGCAAAAAUAGAAACAGAAAAAAUGCUUAUUCAAAUGGUUGAAACUGAGUUGGAGCAUAGGAAGCAGAGAGGUGCAUAUAAAUGCCAGUUCAAAGGGCAGUCCCACUUUUUCGGGUAUGAGGGGAGGUGUGGUUUGCCGUCUAACUUUGACUCAACAUAUUGUUAUGCAUUGGGUUAUGCUGCUGGAGUUCUCCUUCACUCUGGAAAAACUGGGUUGAUAUCAUCGGUAGGGAAUUUGGCUGCUCCGGUUGAAGAAUGGACUGUUGGUGGAACAGCAUUGACUUCGUUAAUGGACGUGGAGAGGAGGCAUGGUAAAUUUAAGCCUGUGAUAAAGAAGGCAAUGGUAGAGCUUGACGGUGCGCCAUUCAAGAAAUUUGCAUCCAUGAGAGGAGAGUGGGCCAUUAAUAACCGCUACAUCAGUCCUGGUCCCAUUCAAUUUGUUGGCCCAGUAGCAGAUAGAGUUAAUCACACCCUACUGUUGGAACUUGGAGCUCAGGCUUAGGUUGUUUUAGAUGCAGCAACAACCCAGUUCUCGCUUCCUUGGAGAUCUUUGAUUCCCAAUAAUGCUGGUUUCAUUUUUCGAUUUUAUUUUUGUUUACUUGCAUUUUGGAUGUUUCUAGUAGUUUGUGGACGUGCCCGUUUUUUCUGUUGCGGCUCACCCGUAUCCUGCUCUGCCUUAAUUGAUAAAACAAAUUUCAUA